AUGCCCGCCGAUCUCUACGGCCGAGAGGUCAAGCGGCGCAAGCAGAGCGACGUGGCCUCCUCGUCGAGCAUCUCCUCCUCUUCCUUUCUCUCCCUCAAAGCAGAGCUCGCCAAACACCACUCCAGCAGCAGUGGAAGCGGCAGCGGUAGUGGGAGCAGCUCUCGACCCACCAGGGACGAAGCAGAAGGGUCGACUACAUCGAACUCGUCUUCUCAUCAGCGCAACGAAUACUCGCUCCCCUCUUCUUCUUCUUCUUCCAAGCGCCGUGGUGAAGCAGGAGGAACAUCUCUCCUGAGUGGCUCCUUUGGCAAGCCCAAUCGCAAGUUGCCAGCCCAUCUACGCCCUUCUCCCAGUACUGCCCUUCGUGCCGCCAAGGAUGUAUCUUCUCUCUCCUACUCUUCGGGAGGGAAGAAGGGCAAAAUCCCCUCUGGCAGCACCUCCACCCUCUCCUCGUGGUCCUCCACCCCCUCUGCCCACCUAGAACGCGAUCGCAAUCUCGUCCUGGAGCGUAAAGCAAGACUUUAUGACCAGCUGAAACAUGGGCUGAGUGGAGGAGUGGAAGAGGAGGAUUUGAGGGAAGAGGGGAGACUGGGAGGUUUGAUUGAUUGGGAGAGGAAGAUUGAGGAGGGUGGGAGUGGAAGUGAAAGUGAGAGUGAGGGUGAGGGUGGGAGUGAUGAGAGGGGAGGAGAAGGGGAGGAGACAAUCGAGUUUCAAGAUGAAUUAGGACGCACUAGGAGACUACCAAGGAGUCAGGUACCUAUGGCGCAGCUCAUUGAGAUGAAGAGGCGCGAGGAAGAGAACGAGGCAGCCAACAUCCCCCUCCUCCACGGACCGCAACAGCACUUCCCCAUUCUCACUACCAGCUCUGCCCCACACCACUUAGACGAGAAUGUUACUCCUGAGGAGCAACACUUUGACGCAUCGGCCGAAGUGCGCAACCGCGGUGCGGGAUUCUACCGUUUCACCGCUGGCAACGAGGAGGAGAGGAAGAGACAGAUGGCUGGAUUGAAAGAGGAGAGGGAGAGGACAUUAAGGGAGCGGGAAAGGAGGGAGAGGGAGAGGGAGCGGGGUGCAGAUGCCCAGGCAGAUGGAGAAGGCGGAGGCGGUGGUGGUGAGAGUGGAGCGCCGGCGGGAGGCACGGCUCCCAGUGGCAACGGGAUCAAGCUGACGAAAGGAGAACGACGUCUCGCCGAGCGUCGAGAGCUCAUUGAAGCUAGACGCAGGGAAGUAGCCGCUGCAAAGCGACAUGAUGCUGGGCAGGACGAGGAAGCUGGGAGUAGCAUCGCCGCACAUGCCGAAGCUGAAGCAGGUAAAUCCACACCAGGUUCGAACAAGUCUGCAGCGGUCACUGAAGAGGAGCGUCGCCAGCGGGAGCGGCAGGAGAGGGCCAUUGACCAGUUCCUUGAUGAGGUGGAUGAGGAGUAUCGCAGCCGACUGACAUGAGAGGCAAGCACAAAGACGAUGGCGCGGUGCGGCUCAACUUGUAUUCCUAGCACUACCACUACCACUACCUUGCAAUCUAUACUAUUGUACGCAUUAG